CUGACCACUGUGAAGUUGGUGGCUCAGUUCUGUGCUGUUCUUGGCCCAGCUGGGCUCAGCCUCUGGGUGAGAGGUGUUGGACCCAAGCAGAGCUGCUCCCUUCAAGUCCCCAUCCAUGAAGAAAUCCAAGGAAAUUGCAAAGGAAUUUUUGUUUUGAAAGCAAAGGCAACUUAGCUGCCAUCAAACAUGUCCAGAGACCUAACCUGGAUUGUUGGAGCUGUGGGCACGCAGAGGGUGCAGAACAGGACCUGAGCUCGUGGGCUUUGUUGGGGCAGGGCUGAGCAGCCCUUCCCAGAGCUGAGCCCCCUCCCACGGCUCAGCCCCACCACCCACCACCUCCCACCCCCAUUAGCUGAUGUACCGAGAGCCUCCAGGCUUCAUAAAUUAACACUCUGGGCUAUGAAUUAUGAAUGGAGCCUCAUCUCUGAUCACGGCAAUGCUCUGCUGACAGCCCAGGAGCUGCUGAUCCAAGUGACAGCCCAAAGCUUUCAAAGAUGUGAACAGCAGAACCUGGCAAUAAUUUACUUUGCAAGUUACAAACGGCUUGGCCUACAGAUGGGGCUCAUCGUAUUCCCUCUCCUGCCUCCUCCUGUCCUGUUCUUCUCUUUUGUUUCCCAGUAUUGGCUUCUCGGCUCUCCCUCUCUGUGUUAAUGGGCGUUGUCCUGCUUGGCUGUGUUGGCCAUCCCAUGGGAGCAGCAUCCCUCAUGCCACCUUCCUGCCCCAAGGUGCCGAUACCUGCUGGGGACAGCUGGGUCCUGGAUCCCAGCCCAGGCACGGAUCCCCACAGCCAGUGCAGAGCUCCUGGGGCAGGACCCAGCAGGAUUUUGGCAGAUCUCUGCAGCUCCAUCCCCCUUUGGCCAUAACUUUGUGUUCAAGACAUCCUAUUCCAGAGCUCCAUCUGCUCUGUGGAGCUCUGCCACAGCUCUGUCUCUGCCAUUGGUCCUUGGAGGCUUUGUCCUUGAACCUUUCCAUCUCUGGAGGCCAAAUCCUGCCCUAAGCAGCUGGAUGUGCUUAGUCCUGGGGGUUUUUGCCUUCUGGGUCUGUAUGGAUUGCUGCCUCCUCAGCUCUGGGGCAGCUCCCUCCAGCAGCCGGGCUGUGCUCCCUGCUCUGGCAGCGGUGGGGCAGAGGGAGCAGAACUAAAUUCAGACAACGAGCUUCAGACACUUGCCAGUUGUCACAAACAAAGGCAGGGCCCUGUAUGGACCCCUCAUGGGGCUGCAGCACUCAGGAGAAAGCCCUUGGCAAGCCAGGAGGGAGCAGGGGAUGGCAGGAGCAGGGGAUGACAGGAGCAUGAGAUGGCAGGACUGUGGGAUGGCAGGAGCAUGAGAUGGCAGGAGCAGGGGAUGGCAGGACUGUGGGGUGGCAGGAGCAGGGGAUGACAGGAGCAUGGGAAACCAUCCCAGCCUGAGCAGUGGGUGCAGGAAAGGGGCAGUCCACAUUCCCAGUCCUUUCCAGUUGAGCCAUUGUGAACCAGGCAGCAGAACAACUGCAAAGGCAAAGCCUUGGUGUCUGGAGAAGCUGCUUUGCCCUGGGCUGGGGUACAGGAGCACUCCCCUGCCCUGACUAUUUUGUUUCCCUUGCACAGGGGAUGCUGUAACCAGGUGAAGGAUGGACUGACAGAGCCCCAGAAGAUUCUUCUCCACCCAGGGCGCAGGGGCUCAGCCUGCAGGGAAGGAGCCCUUUUUGGACACAAAUAUCCCUCUGGCUGCAGCGAGGGGAGAGGAGCUGCCGCGGAUCGAACCCGCUCCCGGAGGGGAAAAUACCACUUCGGUUUGGUGUCUAAUUAGAUAUUUACCAGGAAGGAAGGAAAGAUAUAAAUAGGGUGACAGUGACUUCAAAGGGUGUUUUUUGACUUCUAAGAAUAACACCUUUGCUGGCGCCGAUUUCGGGAAUAUUGGCUGAGCCUGGGUGUGAAAGACGGAGGAGGUGUCGCAGCUCGGUCGGCAGCCAAGGGAGCAAACCCAGACCCCAGCCCCGCUCCAGCCCCACGGGACCAGCUGAGGAGGGGACAGAGCCCCUGGAAAGCUCAGCUGCAUCCACAGGGUCACAGCAGGGACAGUUUGGGGAAGACCAAGGGUGCUGCAACGCGGGCAGGAGGGCACGUGUGGCGCCAUGGGGACCCCACCCCUGUCCCCGUGGGCAGUGCUGGUGCUCACCCUGGUGCUGGUGGGACUCUGGGCUCCCUGUGUGCCGAGCAGGCAGCCCAACUUCAUCGUCAUCCUGGCUGAUGAUGUGGGCUGGGGGGAUCUGGGAGCCAACUGGGCAGAGACGAAGGAGACCCCGCAUUUGGAUCAGUUGGCUGCUGAAGGAACAAGGUUCGUGGAUUUCCACUCAGCUGCCUCCACGUGCUCCCCGUCCCGCGCCUCGCUGCUCACGGGGCGCCUGGGGGUGCGCAACGGGGUCACCCACAACUUCGCCAUCUCCUCCCUUGGGGGCCUCCCCCUCAACGAGACCACCCUGGCCGAGGUCCUGAGGGAGGCUGGCUACACCACGGGGGCUAUAGGCAAGUGGCACCUGGGACACCACGGCCACCAUCACCCCAACUCCCGCGGCUUUGACUACUACUUUGGGAUCCCCUACAGCCACGACAUGGGCUGCACAGACACCCCUGGCUACAACCUGCCACCCUGCCCGCCCUGCCCGCGGCACAGCACCGCUGCCAGCAGGGCGGCGAGGAAGGACUGUUACACAGAGGUCGCCCUGCCUCUCUUGGAGAACGUCACCAUCAUCCAGCAGCCCGUGGAGCUCGGCAGCCUGGCCAGGCGCUACGCAGAGGAGGCAGAGCGAUUCAUCCAGAGGGCCAGUGACAGAGGACGUCCCUUCUUCCUGUACCUGGCCCUGGCCCAUAUGCAUGUCCCGCUGGUCCCCCCGCUGCCCCCCGCUCCGGGCAGGGGCAUCUACGGAGCCUCCCUGGGUGAGAUGGAUGCGCUGGUGGGACGGCUCAAGGAGGUGGCUGACAGCCUCGGGAAGGGCAGCACGCUCCUGUGGUUCACAGGUGACAAUGGCCCCUGGGCACAGAAGUGUGAGCUGGCAGGACGCCUAGGGCCAUUCGUGGGUGCCUGGCAGAGGCAGAGAGGCGGGAGCUCAGCGAAGCAAACAACCUGGGAAGGAGGGCACAGGGUGCCAGCCCUGGUGUACUGGCCUGGCCGUGUCCCUGCCAGGAGGACGAGCCACGCUCUCCUCAGCAUCCUGGACAUCUUCCCCACGCUGGUGGCCCUGGCUGGGGCAGCACUGCCCCCAAACAGGCACUUUGAUGGCUUGGAUGUGUCCCCAGUUCUCUUUGGCUGGUCGGAUGUGGGGCACAAGGUUCUGCUGCACCCCAACAGCGGCGCAGCCGGGAAGGUGGGCGAGAUCGAGGCGCUGCGGCUGGCCCAGUACAAGGCCUUCUACACCACAGGAGGGGCCAUGGCCUGUGAUGGCAGCACCGGGCCGGCGCAGCGACACCAACCACCCCUCGUUUUCAACCUGGACCGUGACAUCCAGGAGCAGGAGCCUCUGGAUGUGGCCUCCAGGGAGUACCAGGCAGUGCUGCCUGCCAUCAGCAGGGCUUAUGCCCAAGCUCUGCAGGACAUUGCAGCAGACAAUGUCUCGGUUGCAGAUUAUUCCCAGGAUCCAGCUGCAAUUCCCUGCUGCAACGUGCAGCACGUGGGCUGCCGGUGCCACGGGGCUCACGGAGCCACACGGGAUCCCCACGAGGAAAGGAGAACACCCUGGCUUUGUCUUUAAGCAAAUAAUUGCUCAGGCUGCUCCUUUCCCAAGGGUGGUGUCUGUGAAUUCCAGGCUGGAGGCGGCCACGGAGAGGGAUGGAGGCUGUGGUUCCCUUUGCUCCAUGCUGGGAAGAGGGAGGUGAGCUGGGUGUGGGUGUUGGGGAGCACACAGAGGGUCCCCUUUGCACCCUGGGCAUGUGGAAGGCUUUUUGUAGGGCUCUUUAUCUGGGAAAGAGACAGCUCUUGGAUUAAAACUACCUUCCGUGAGA